AUGAAAUUAGGAUAUAAUGAAAUAAUGAUAGUAUCAAUGUACUUUGAUGAUAUUAAUGAUUUUAUUAAUUUAGAAUUAGGAGUUAAAAGAUUUCAAGGAAAUAUGGAACGAUUUCAUUUUAAUCCAAUUCCAUUAGAUGAGUAUUCAAGAAAGUUCUUUCCUGGUAUUGAAACAUUUCAUAUUUAUAAUAGAAAAGAUGAAAUGUUUGGUGAUGGAAAAAUAUUUAAAUAUGUAAUAUGGUAUACAGUAAAAUAUUUAACGUAUUUAAAAGAAAAGAAAAAAGGAAAUAUAUGUAAAAAUAUAGAGUAUACAAAAUUUGAUAGAAAGGAAUAUGGAAAUAUAAUACCACCAGAAGUUAAAUCACUUGAAAAUGAAUGUUUUAAAUAUUGUUAUUCAUUAACAUCAAUUAAUAUCCCAACAUCAAUUAUUAAAUUAGGAUAUGGAUGUUUUUAUGGAUGUUCAUCAUUAAAAUCAAUUAUUGUGCCAAAAUCCGUUAGUGAAAUAGGAAGUUAUUGUUUUUCAGAAUGUACAUCAUUAACAUCAAUUAAUAUACCGUCGUCUGUUAGUAAAUUUGGAGAUGAAUGUUUUUACAAAUGUUCAUCAUUAACAUCAAUCAUUAUACCUUCAUCUAUUACUUCAUUUGGAAAUAAUUGUUUUUAUGAAUGUUCAUCAUUAAUAUCAAUUAAUAUACCAACAGCAAUUAGUGAAAUAGGAUAUGGAUGUUUUAGAGGAUGUUCAUCAUUAACAUCAAUUAAUAUACCAUCAUCAAUUAGUGAAUUAAGAAAUUAUUGUUUUUCAGAAUGUACAUCAUUAACAUCAAUUAAUAUACCAUCAUCUGUUAGUAAAUUUGGAAAUGAAUGUUUUAAUGGAUGUUUAUCAUUAACAUCAAUUAAUAUACCUUCAUCAAUUAGUAAAUUUGGAGAUUGGUGUUUUAAUAGAUGUAUAUCAUUAAUAUCAAUUAAUAUACCAUCAUCUAUUAAUGAAAUAGGAAAUUGGUGUUUUCAUUAUUGUUCAUCAUUAACAUCAAUUAAUAUACCAUUAUCAAUUAGUGAAAUAGGAGAUGGAUGUUUUAAAGAAUGUUCAUCAUUAAUAUCAAUUAAUAUACCAUCAUCUGUUAGUAAAUUUGGAGAUGAAUGUUUUUACAAAUGUUUAUCAUUAACAUCAAUUAACAUACCAACAACAAUCACUUCAUUUGGAAAAUCUUGUUUUUAUAAAUGUGGGUGUGAAGAUGAAUUAAAGAAAAAUAAAAAAAUACCAAGAAAUUGUUUUAAAUGGUGA